AAAACGACGACGGAAAAGAAAAAAACUAUCUCUAUAUCCGAUAACUAUCUCAAUUUGGAUAAUGUGAUUGUUUGUUAUUUCACUUUAUUAGUAACCAACAAACAAACAACAUUUUUAUGAACUGGACACAUCGAGAAAAACAUUUAACGACUAAGAAAACUCGAACUUGUACAAUUAAAGACAUAACAAAAUGGAGGAUGAGAAUGAAUAUAAAAAGUUACCAACAGAAGAGAAAUGUGUGCAUAAAUUGUGGAAAGCAAGAGUAACAGGAUAUGAAGAAGCAAUUAAACUCUUCAACCAGAUUGAUGAUGAGAAAUCACCAGAGUGGAACAAGUAUUUGGGUUUGAUCAAAAAAUUUGUCACUGAUAGCAAUGCUGUGGCCCAAGAAAAAGGUCUGGAGGCAGCGCUGGUAUUUGUUGAAAAUUGUGGUCACGCCGGAAAGACAACCGGUGAAGUCAUGUCAGGUAUUGUGGCUAAAUGUAUUGCUGCCCCUAAGACUAAAACAAAGGAUCUCGCUUUGCAGGUGACACUAAUGUAUGUAGAGAUAGAAAAACAUGAAAUUGUAGAAGAGGAAUUACUGAAAGGCAUGGAACAAAAAAAUCCCAAAGUUGUAGCCGCAUGUAUCUCUGCUUUGAACACCUCUCUGAAGCAGUUUGGAAACAAAGUUAUAGCUAUUAAGCCCAUGGUUAAAAAGAUACCUGUAUUGUUAGCAGACAGAGAUAAGGGUGUGAGGGAUGAAAUGAAAGCACUAGUCAUUGAGAUGCACAGAUGGAUCGGCGCAGCUAUAGAACCGCACAUAGCAUCUCUUCAAGCAGUGGUACAGCAAGAACUUCGGGAAUCGUUCGGCACUGGCGGCGCACAACCCACUCGCUAUUUGCGCUCGCAACAGAACCGCGUGAGAGAGUGCGCUGUUACAGACUCUCCUGAUGGUACAGUGGACGACGAUGACGCGGAGACGGGUGGCGGUGACUCAGGAGAUAUGGAUCCCUAUGAUCUCCUUGAUCCAGUCGAGAUUCUCUCUAAAAUACCUAAAGAUUUCUAUGAAAAGUUGGAAGCUAAAAAAUGGCAAGAUAGAAAAGAGACUCUUGAUGCUCUGGAAGCCUUGCUAAAGACAGCUCCCAAAUUAGAACCUGGUGAUUAUGCUGAUCUUGUCAGGGCUCUAAAAAAGAUAAUAUCAAAAGACACAAAUGUGAUGUUAGUCGCUCUCGGCGGUCGACUGCUCGGUAUGGUGGCCAGUGGACUUCGCAACAAGUUCCAGCCAUACGCCGUUGCCUGUGUCCAAGCUAUACUGGAAAAAUUCAAAGAAAGAAAGACCAAUGUUGUUGCUGCUUUGAGAGAAGCCAUCGAUGCUAUAUAUCCUUGUACAAACCUAGAAGCCAUAAUGGAGGAUAUGAUAGCAGCUUUCGACAAUAAGAACCCACAGAUAAAAUCAGAAAGCGCGCUGUUCUUAGCACGCGCGCUGUGUCACACGCAGCCCGCUGCUUUCAACAAGAAGCUAAUAAAAGCAUAUGUUGCUAGUCUGCUGAAGUUACUCGAGAGUGCUGAUCCGGUGGUGCGUGAUGCCGCUGCUGAAGCGCUCGGAACAGCCACUAAGUUAGUGGGCGAGAAGGCCAUAGCACCACACAUUGGCAAGCUGGACAAUCUAAAAGAACAGAAGAUUAAGGAGUUUGCUGACAAGGCUGUGAUUCAAGUGAAAGUGGCAGCGCCAAAGAAAGAAGCCAAGCCGAAAGCUGCGGUGCAGCCUUCGGGUAAAGGAGAUGGUAAACUUGCCGCCGGUUCUACCCAGCCGAAGCCUGUGAAACGUCCAGCGUCAGGUGCUCCAAAGAAGGCAGUAGCGGGUACAAAGAAACCAGCUGGGGGGCGCGGGCAGCCCAGUCCACCGCGGGAACAGGAGCUUUCACAGGAAGAAGUGGACGCGAGGGCCGAGACUCUAUUCUCUGCUGAUGUCAUCACAGGUCUCGGCGAUGGAAACUGGAAGACUCGUCUCUCAGCUGUCCAGAAUUUCCUGUCAACUGUACAAGGGCUGAGUACAAACGACGCCACAGCACAAGUAUUGUAUCGCACUCUGAACAAGAAGCCAGGGUUGAAAGAUACAAAUGUUCAAGUUCUAAAAGCUAGAUUGGAAGCUUGCAAGUACAUAACAGAGAAUUUCCCAGUCUCCAUCACGGCUGCAGAUUAUGUUCUCCAAGAUAUAGUGACGAAACUAGGCGAAGCAUCAUGUGCAUCUAUUUCUGCUGAUUGCCUCACAUCACUGGCGGAAGCGUGUGGACUCGAACAUGUGCUUAAUGAGGGUCUAUCUUUCGCUAUGGACUCACAGAAGAACCCUAAAGUGCAAUCAGAAAUGUUUAAUUGGAUGUCCAUUGCUAUAAAGGAGUUUGGAUUCUCUAUGAAUAUAAAAGGCAUUGUCGCACACUCAAAAAAAGCUCUCUCGGCAACAAAUCCAAAUGUACGGACAUCCACAGUCAACUUCCUUGGAAUCCUCUCUCUAUAUGUUGGACCAUCUCUGUUGAGUCAUUUUGACAGCGAGAAACCAGCAACGAAACAGUUGAUCAGCUUAGAGCUGGAUAAAUAUGCUAAUAGUAGUCCACCAACACCUACCAGACAGCUCGGUGGAGUUAGUAAGUCAGCGAGCAAAGCGUCAAUGGGCGAUGACUUGGAAGAGGCUGGACCCAUUGAAGAAGUGGAGGACUCGCGUCCACGGACUGACAUAGCCCCACUCAUCACCGAGGCACUCGUAGCAGAGUUAAACGACAAGAACUGGAAGGUUCGCAAUGAAGGUCUGGACAAAGUAAAAGCCAUAAUCACAGCAAGCUCCCCCAUAAAGCCAAGUUUGGGUGAGCUACCAGCGGCGCUUGUGGCGCGACUGUUAGACUCCAAUUCCAAGUUAGCGCAGAGUGCGCUUCAAAUAUGCGAAACCCUUGCCUCUGCCAUGGGUCCCAAGUGCAAACAACACGUGAGGACGUUCUUCCCGGCUUUCUUUCAAGCGUUCGGCGACAGCAAGCAGUGGAUCCGCGCGGCGGCGGUGUCGUGCGCGGACGCGUGGAGCGCGGCGGCGGGCGCGGCGGCCGCGCUCGACGGGGAGAUGGUCCACGACGCCCUGCGCGCCGGCUCGCCCGCGCUCCGGGCCGCGCUGCUGCAGUGGCUGGCCGACCACCUGCCGCACGUGCCGCCAAAGUCGUUCCCCCGCGAGGAGCUGGCGGUGUGCGUGACGACGCUGUACUCGUGUCUGGAGGAGCGCGCGGCGGACGUCCGUAAGGCUGCGGCAGACUGCGUGCUGCCGUUCAUGCUGCACCUCGGGUACGAACACAUGUUCAAGCAGCUCGACAAGCUCAAGCCUGGCUCCAAAUCGGUAGUUCAAGCGGCACUGGACAAGGCUCGACCUAAUCUACCCGUACAGCCGUUGCCUGCCAAAAACAAGAAAGAGGAACCGCGAGGAGUUAAGUCUGCGGGGGCCCUGAAGAAAGAAGCUGAGAAAAAGGGCACCGUUACCGUUAAGGGCAAGGGUCCAGUGAAGCCCACAUCUGCGUCUAGUCGUGGCAAGAAGGAGGAUGAAGAUUGUACACCACUGCUGCCCAACAAUAACGCCAAGAACCAGCGAAUCAUUGAUGAUCAGAAACUUAAAGUGUUAAAAUGGAAUUUCACGGCACCACGUGAAGAAUUCUUCGAGUUAUUGAAAGAGCAAAUGGGCACCGCUGGACUAAAUAAACAACUUGUGGCGAAUAUGUUCCACAGUGAUUUCAGAUAUCACCUAAAGGCGAUUGAAGCCCUCUCAGAAGACUUACAUGAAAAUGGAUCAGCACUAAUGGCUAAUCUGGAUCUAGUACUCAAAUGGCUGACCCUCCGAUUCUUCGACACCAACCCGUCUGUCAUCUUGAAGGGUCUGGAGUACUUGACUCAAGUAUUCCAAUACCUAAUGGACAGUGAUUACACGAUGGCAGAGUAUGAAGCUAACUGUUUUAUACCUUACCUCGUGCUCAAGGUUGGUGACCCAAAGGAUACUGUGCGAAAUGGCGUGAAAGCUUUGUUCAGACAGAUUUGCGUCGUAUAUUCUGUCACUAAGCUGUUCGGAUAUCUGAUGGAAGGACUAAAAUCUAAGAAUGCGAGACAACGAGCAGAGUGUCUGGAGUGUAUCGGUCAUCUGGUGGAGACAUACGGGUCGACAGUGAUGUCCCCCGCCGGUGGUGGCGGCAGUACAGCACUCAAGGAACUGGCGCGACACAUUGGCGACAGAGACAACGCUGUCCGAUCUGCCGCGCUCAAUUGUAUUGCCGCCGCUUACUUCCUUGAAGGGGAGAAGGUCUACAAGAUGAUUGGACAGAUAUCAGACAAAGAUCUGUCACUUCUAGAAGAGCGAAUAAAGCGCGCCGGUAAGACUCGCAGCGCUGAGGUUCGCCGUUCCAUGGUAGUGCCGCUUUCGGCUUCAGGGCGACCCAUUAUGCAGCAGCCUGAGGAGGAUACAUCCAGGCAUAUGAUAACGGCGGAUAAUCCGCCAGUGGAAUAUGAGGAGGAAGAAGAGGAAGAACCGGCACCACCGCCACCUAAUCCGAGAGCGGCGCCGGAGCCGAAGGUGAUCACUGGUCCGUUCGGGCUGGACCCGGAGCUGAUCGCGCAGCUGGACGCGGCCGUGCCGGCGGUGCGGCGGCCGGCCGUGCCCGAGCUCGACCUGCACUUCCUGGACGAGCCCGUGCCGGCCGCCGCCCGCCCGCACCUGCACCACGCCCCGCACGCGCCCGCCGUCAGGCACAGCAUGGUCCCGAUGUCGCCACCGCGCCACUUGGCGCCACACCCGCUGGUGACCACACAACACUCGCAGCACGCAUCCGCCAUCGACGACUCGCAGCUAGCCGACACCAUACACUCCAUAUCCAGUCCAGACUUGAAUGCGGCAAUACGUGCGCUGUCUCUGAUCUCGGGAGCACUGGCAUCGGGCCGGGGCGCGGCGCUGGUGGCGCACGAGCAGCGGCUGGUGAUGGCGGUGGCCGCGCAGGUGCGCCGCCUGCGGAGCGCGCCGCCGCCCGCCGCCGACGCGCUGCCCGCCUACAAGUACCUCGCGGGCGCGCUCACCGGGUUCUACGAGACGGCGGGGUGCGGGUCGCAGGUGGGGGAGGCGGCGCUGUGCUCGCUGCUGGGCGAGCUGCUGCGCGUGCUGGGCGGCGCGGGGGGCGCGGGCGCGGCGGGGGGCGCGGGGGGCGCGGAGGGCGAGCGGCUGGUGCGCGUGCUCAACAACGUGUGCGUGCGCGUGCUAGAGCACUCGCCGCGGACUGCACUCCUCUGUGCGAUAGUGUCCCUGCUUCAUGAAUCGAUCGGUGUAACGGACCCCGAGUACCCGCGGUACCAAGACCUGCUGCUCAAGUGUUUCUGGAAGACCCUCAAGAUGAUAUCUACAUGGGACGCGGAUUCCAUCGACUACGACGCCGUUUUGUACAAAAUACACCUAUUCUAUAAGGCCUACCCAAAUAGCUACUGGAAAAAAAAUGCUGAUAUAAGUGAUACUCCAUACAGAACGGUGAAAACGCUUGUGCACACUCUAGUCAAGAUGAAGGGUGCCUCUAUAACGACGCACCUCACCCAAAUACCAGACGUCAACGAAUCUGAUCUUUAUCCCUAUCUUCUUAAAGUUCUCAAGCAACUGAAACUGGACGAGAAGAAAGAGAACACGACAGACGUUCUGAACGGUGGUGGUGUUCUGCCGGGAGUGACCAACUUGACGAGCAACAGUACGCUGGCGGCCGGCCGGCUGCCGCGGGCGGUCCACGAGGAGCUCGCGCUCAUACUCAAACGCAUCGGCACCAAGGACCACAACAGAGACGCGCUCGCGCAGCUCUACGAUCUCAGGGAGCGUCAUCCAGAGGUGGACAUUUGGACAUUCAUGCAGGGCUCAUCGUUCUACUUCCGUAACUAUGUGGAGCGAGGUUUACGCGAUGUGGCUGAACAAAGGAAACUCGCCUCUAUGCCCAUUUACAAACACGAUUACAAAACGGAAAAUAUCGAUAUAAGCAAUGAGAAUGAUGAAAAGUCACAUGUUAUAUUUUUGGAGCGACUACGAGCUUUACAGGCUAAGGCGGGUCUCAAGUCGGACAGCAAUCCUUCGUCGCAGCCUCGUACCCCGGUCGGAGACAACCGGGCCCUCACAGAUUCCAUCAACGAUAACACGCUACCUCGCACGCACUCCAUCGACCCGCAACUAGAGCUCCAUACAACACAAACCAUUUCUCAAAAGAAUGAAGCGGCCGUCGACGCGCUCCGUCUAAAAUUACAACAAAUCAAAAGUUCGUCCAAGAGAUAAGGCUGUGUCCACCGCACGCUCUCGGUAUAGCUCUCACUUUCACACGUCACAUUGUAAUCACAUAGCAACUAUACGACGCGCGACCCACCUAAACGCGUUCGUUUAAGUAUGUAUAUUUCAUGAUAUUUCAGUAUAAUGAAAUUGUUAGGACGCGUGUAUUAAUUUAGCAAAGUAGAAUAGAUUUUCAUAUAUUGGACAAUUCUUACAAUAUGAGUUACUUGUUAAUAAUAAUAUCUGUUAAAAUGUACUAAAUAGACUACUUGCCUUUUAUUAUAACUAUAUAUUAAAAUUUCUAACGAAUCUCAUUUAGUUACAUAUAAUUUAGUAAUUGGAAAAAUGUUUUAUCCAACACUGUUAUUUUCAUUAUACUCUAUGGCCUAUCAUGUAUCUUGCUAAUAACGACCUAUUGGUCGCUUUUGUAAUUUACAGUCUCGGUACGGGAUUUGCCGAUUUUACCAUGACA